UAUUAUCACAAACCAUAAAACGUGGACAUUUAAGCAAGGCUUCAGUGAAAACAUUCUCCGUUUUUGUGUUUUCCAGUUUUUUUCAGGAAAGGUGUGUGAAGUUAGCGCCAUGUUGUCAGGCAGAUAGAGCUCCCCUUAACGGCGUUAGCUCUGUGCGCGUGUGUAGCUCCGUCUCCAUGGAAACGGGCUCGGCACAUUGGCAGUGCUGCUUUCCAGCCAAGCUAACAGCUCCUCACUAAUAAAAACGGAGAUACAGUGAGGAUAAAGUGUGUAAGAAGCUCGCAACAUGAUUAGUUCAUGUUAUUAAAAUAUGCGCUCAGUGACAUGGAACACGCUAGUGCAGCGGUUAAUCAGCAGCCUCACCAGACUAGUUAAAGACGCUAGCUAAGUUAGUACAGCUAGCUAACUAAGUGACUAAAUUAUAGCAGUCAGUUAUCAGGCAUUUAAACUAGAUUAAAGCACAGUGACGCAACUGAAUUACAACAUGUUGUGCUAGUAUAGUGAAUAUUCCUAGUGGAAAGGGCUCAUUGAGGUGGUCUGUGCUGUGAAAGCGAGGUGAGUUGCAGAGCUAGCUAACGGUGCUGCUGUGAGUCCUGGCGAGCAUGAAGAGGACGAGUGAUUCCUCCAGAGCCUCGUCUGUGCACAGAGUGCUGAGUUCAGCUCCGGCUCCAGCUCCUGCCCCUGCUCCGGCUCCUGCCCCUGCUCCGGCCCACAGCCUGAGUGAAGACGCAGCUGAGCUCAGUGAAGACGAUGAAAUCAAAUGCACAGGAACACGGUACAUCACUGAAGACUUUCUUAAGAAGUUGACCAAGCAAGACAAUUUAUCCCUUGUGCGCUCCUUGAAUCUGUCCACUCCUCAUGGAGAUAAAUACUUCAGGUACAUUGAGAACUUGGACAAGUGUGACCGUGUUCAGGUUCUUAACCUUAGUAACAACAUCAUAGAAAAAAUGGAGAAGUUGGAGAGGCUUCAUCAGUUGCGAGAGCUGCACCUUUCCAAUAACAGAAUAAGGAAAAUAGAAGGCCUAGAGCAAAUGGCAAACCUACAGAUCCUGAAUCUGGAGAAUAACAGCAUUGAACAAGUGCCGCUGUGGGUCGGGAAAAAGCUCAGAUCCCUUCAGAAGCUAAAUCUUCAGAAAAACAAGAUAUUUUCGCUUCAUGAGCUCACCAAAUUGAAGCUUCUAAAAAGUCUAACUGAGCUGAAGUUAGCAGAGAACCCUGUGUCUGACCUUCCCCACUACCGCCUCUUCUUAGUCUUCCACCUGAGAUCUUUAGAGUUUCUGGAUGGGCAGCCAAUCAGCGAGCAGGAGCGAGAAAAAGCCCAUCAGCGCUUUCACACUGAGGAGGUAGAGCGUCUGGAGCAAGAGCUGGAAGAAAGAGGAGCAGAGAUAGAGCGACUGCAGGAGGAGAAAGCUGUAGCAUUAAAGGAGUUGGAACAUCAGGAGAAGCUCCAGCAGAGUCUGAGGCAGGAAAGCCAGGAGCAGCAGUGGCGACAGGAACAGCUUGAAAUGGAGCUGGACACCAAGUCCGAACUGCCAAUUUCCUCUUCACUUCUUGCUACUUUCCGUAGAGAUCUGUCAGCCACCCUAAAGCUAAAACAGAAGACCACAGAGCUGACCCGGGCCUGCCAGAAGCAGUAUGAGCUUGAGCAGGAGCUGGCUUUUCACAAGAUAGAUGCUAAGUUUGAACCACUUCCAUUUUAUCCUAAUCAUGACCUGGAAGGGGAUGUGCUGGGUGAGAGUCCGUACAUUGGAAAAGCCCGUCACAAAAGGAACACAUUUACAUCAGACAGUGUAGAUACAGGGUUCAGGCAUCUGGCCAAAGGAGGUCUCGUACAUACAGACAAAUUGGAGGAGGAUGAGUCGAGGCAGGAUUUGGCAAGAGCAGAGGAGCGGCUACAGCAGCUGCAUAAGGAGAUGGAGUACAAAGAGCAACAGAUCCUGAGAGCCAGCGAGGAGCUGCAACAACUAGAAGAGGCAGCAUCUCAAAAACGAAUUUCAGAAGCAGAGAAGGACCAUCUUAGACAGCAGCUGCACGUGAAGAUCCAGAAGCUGUGUGAGAUGCGGCAGGAGGCAGAGAACCUGGAGAAGCAGCUGGACAGGCAGAGCUCUAAGCUCAGUGAGGCUCAAGGGGAGCUGGACCAGCUCCAGAGCUUACUGCACACUUUGAAGCCAGAAGACCUCAGACACGCUCAUGUGAAGGCUCAGUUGGCCAGUAAGAGUCAGCUGCUGUCCAUCAUGAGUAAGAAACAGCACGAGUUGGAAGGCCGGCUAGAUGACAUGCUCAGUCGCAUUGCAAAGGAGACACAAGAGAUCAAAGAUCUAGAACAACAGCUUACUGAGGGUCAGAUAGCAGCUAAUGAAGCAUUGAAGAAGGAUCUAGAGGGCAUAAUCUCCGGCCUGCAGGACUACCUGCAUGGGGUGAAGGAUCAGGCUCGACAGGCCCAAUCUGACUGCCUGCGCCUGCAGAAGGAGAAAGACACUCUACAGCAGCUCCUCUGGGACAAAGAUCAACAGCUCAGCCGACUGCAGCAAGUAGCCCAGAUCUGUGAAAACACAAAGCAGGAGUUGUUGCAGCACCAGGAAGAGUUACAGGCUCUGCGGAGGGAGAACGUAGAGCUGAGGGAGGCUCAAGGUCAGGUCAGUGCAUAUGAAGCUGAAUUGGAGGCUCAGCUGCAAGAGAGAGACUUUAAGGCCAGCCACCUCAAAGAGGAGCUGAGUCGAUUGCAGCGGCUCAGUCAGCUGGAGCAUUCUGCGUUGCAGGCGGAACUGCAGAAAGAGAGACAGGCCAAGGAGAACGCGCUGGCUCAGCUGCAGCUAGCUGGAGAGAGAGAGCUGGAGAACACUGAUCUCCUGCAACAGCUCAACAUGCUGCAGCGGGAGAAAAGUACUCUAAUGGAGAAGGUCAAUGUCUUGCAAAAAGACUUUCAGCAGAUCAGGAAGGAGCUGCUGUGCCCUAAACAAGUAGCCAAGAGUUUGCAGGGGCUGAAGAGAAUCAUUGCGACAGGCUCAGGGGAACUAAGCAGAGUGAAUGGUGAUGGAGGUGUGCUGAGUGAAAGCUUGGCCGAACUGCAGGAAGAGCUGCAGCGCACAGUUUCUGCUGCUUUGAGAGACCGAGAUGAGGCCCAAAGUGCCCAGGAUAGGCUGGCACGUGAGCUGGGCAUUCUCAGGAACAGGCUUACACACUAUCAGCAGAAAUACCAGAGUGCAUGUGAAGAGGCUCGACAUGCCAGGGCAGUAGAGAGAUGUGAGGAUGAGGCUGAGCUCCUCCAGCUGAGGGAGGCGCUGCAUGAGGCACAGGAACAGCAGUACCUGACACUGCAGCGUCUGCAAGAAGCCGAGAGUGAGAAAGAUCGUCUACUUUUGGAGUUCAAAAAGCAAGACAAACAGGUAAAGGCUGAGGAGACUCUAACACAAGAACAGAUUCAGUCCUUGGAGCUGGAGUUGAGAGAGCUUAGGAGAUCCUUCACUAUUGCUGAUCAACUGGCUGCCGAGCAGCUGAAUGCUGCCACAGACGAGCUUCGCUCGCUCCACAGCUCAGUGCACAGAAUCAAUCAGGAGAGAGUAGAGGAUGCAGAGGAGCUAGAAGAAUCCAGGAUGGAGGCUGCUCAAGCUAUGCAAGAUCUAACAAAGGCAGAGGCAGAAAUACAGGUUCUACAGAAGCUGCUUCAGGACAGGGUUCAUCUAUCAGACACAGAUAGCCUCAGUGUCCCUCACCCCAGUAUUCAACAGCAGGAGUUAGCCAGACUGAAUCGAGUUUUGAAAAGGCAACAGGUUCAGACCAAACGGCUUCGAGAUCAGCUGGCUCAGGCACUACAAGAUAACAGUGGAAACCUGGAGGAGCUGAUCAAGGAAAUAGAAGCCCUUAGAGAUACUCUGCUGCAGCAGAGCAAUUACCUGUCCAAUUUCAUGCGUACUCCACACAGCAGUGGAUACUGGUACUAUGUACCACCAUACCAAGAUCACCCCAGUCUUGGUUCUCAGGCUACACAGGACUCUGGCCUGGGUUCUCAGUAUGUCCCAUCACCUGACAGAGGCAAACAUUCCAGAAACCAGCAGCACAAAGACACAAGACCCUCUUCCAGCUCAGGAUACUGGGUUUAUUCUCCCCACCCACAUGACCAACACAAUUAUGGGAAAAGAGAGUCUUCAUACAGAAACAGCGAUGGAGAGAGUGAUGAGGAUGGUGUUAGAGGAGCUCAUUUCACCCCCCCACCAGGCUCAAUCAUCUACACUGUGCCCCCUGAUGGCACCCAUCUUCCCCCAGGCAUGGUCAUCUACGCCCCUCCUGUACCAGGCCUGGCCGUGGGUCCUGGUGCAGUGUUUUAUGGCCCUCCGCCUGAAGGGGUCAGGCUGGUUUAUGGCCCUCCUCCGAGUGGGCUACAUAUCCCUCUCAUCCCUAAUGGCACUCUACACUGCAAUGUGCCUGGCCAUCUGGAUAUGACACACUCUUCAAGAGUAGCAGACCAUUCUUUAAGGGAGGAGCAGAAAGAUAGAGUGGCAAGUGAGCGGGAACUGCUCAGGCUGGAGGAGCAGAGAUCAGAGUUGCAGAUGGAGCUUAAAGAGCUGCGGGGAGCUGUGAGCCGACUUCAGCGCCACAAGAGGCUGUUGGAAAGUUCAGUUAGCCGUGCAGAAGAGGACACUGUAAUGGAUGAGAUGGAAGGUCUGGAGAAAACUCUCCUCAAACGCAGGACAGAGCUACGGGAUGUAGAGCGCCUGCUGUCAGAGGCUGAAGCAGACCUGAAGGAUACCAGAGCUAAGAGCAAAGACACUCUGCAACGCUACAGCAAAGCUGAGAGACAGUUAAAAGAGGCAGAAUGUGAGCUUGAGGAGAUUAAACAGCGAACCCAGGAUAGCACCAGACAGCUAGUACAAACCAGACAACAGCUCCGGGAUCUUCAAGAAGAGGUAAAGGAUCUGCAGAGAUGUAAGCAAGAUCAUGAGAACACACUAAAACAGGUGGAAAAAGUGAUUGCAGCUCGAGAUGCAGAGUUCCAAGAAGUCAACAGAAAUCUAAAGAGAGUAACCAAUAAAAUGGAGGACAUGCAGAAAGAACUGAGAGAAACACAAAGCCAGGAAGCAAAUCUUUUUAUGGGCUGCAGGGACUCUGAGGAUAUUCUACACACCCGCAGAAAAGAGCUGGAGCAUCUAAACACCCAGGUGCAGCUACAGAAGGAACAGCUGUCUUUGCUGGGGCGGAAGCUAGAGCAGUGGCGGGAAGAGGAGGACAUUGUGAGGACAAAUGUAGAAAAGCACAGGCAGAGCCUGGUGGAGGUGCUGAGGCAGGGAGAAGAGGACGCGCACAGUCUGCAGCAACACAUUAAGGAGCUACGUGUGGAUGUGCAGUGUCUGGCUGUGCAAAAGGGGGAACUGGACUCUCAGCUCUCAGAGAGGAGAAGAAGGCUGGCUCAGUAUAAAAAGGAGGAGAAGAAAGUUCAAGAGAAAGUGCAGAACCAGCGUGCAGUCAUCAACAAGCACAAAGCAGAGCUGAAGCAUGUCCUGGACAUGAUCCAGUUGGAGAGUGUGGAGCUAGAGAGAGUGAAGGUUCAGCACAACCAGAAACUGGACCAGGUGGAGAAGAGCCAGGAGAGUUUGCUACAGAUGCGUCUGGAACUGCAGGAGGUGGAGAAGGAGCUGCAGGAGCAACAGGCUGAGCAGGAGAGGCACAGAAGGCUGCAGGAGCAGGAGAUCCUCACGUUGAAAGAGCAGACUAAUGCUGCAGACAUAGAGAGGAGCAGCCUGCUGGAGCAGUGCACCAGCCUGGAGGCCCGCCGCUCACAUGCUCAGAGAUGUCAGGAAACAGCAGAGGAGGGGCUGCAGAAAGCAGAGGCAGAGCUGCUGAAACUGCAGGCAGAUCUGGCCAAGCUGAAGCAGGAGCACAGACAUGCCCUGAGUAUUCGAGAAGAGAUCACCAGAGAUGCUGCCACAACCCAGAAACAACUAGAAGAGAAAUCUAAGGAUCUGAAUAAACUCAAGGAAGAUGUUGCACACUCAACAGUUCAGCUAGAGAAAAUUAGAAAGGAGGUAGAAGAUGCUCGGCGAGAGCGGGAUGACUUAGUGAAGCAGCAGCAGCACCAAAAGGCUGUGAUGCAGGACAAAAUCCAGAGGAGACAACAAAGAAUAGACAAACUGGAGCAGCAGCUGCAGGAGAUUGAGGCAUCUGUGGAAAAGAAAGAGAUGCAAUUUGAGCAACAGAAGGAGCGCCUGAUGAUCCAACAGCAGCAGAGUUUAGAGUUGGAGGAGCUACAGAGGCGGCAGCAGCAGAAGUUGCAGUCCCAGCUGCAGGCACUAGAGGAAGCUCUGUCAGAGCGAGUGGAGAAAAUGGAGAAGAUCACAGUUGCUGUGGAGGAGCUAGAAGAGCAGAGACGCUUCCUAUUGGCAGAUCAGAAGCAGUGUGCUUUACUGCAGGACAGAGUAACACAGCUGGAGCAAGACCUGGCUGAGAGUGAGGCCAGGCUAUGUGCCAGCACAGAAGAGCAAAGAGAAGCAAAGGAGGAACUUGAAACCUGCCGCUCUGACAUCCAGAUUCUUCAAGGGACUCUGGCCACCGAGAGGGAGCGUGCAGAGGCCCUGAUAAGCUGCAGUCUCACUGACAGAGAUAAACUACAGCAGGCUGAGCUGUGGAGUUGGGGAGAGGGGGAGAGUCACAUGCGAGAGAUUCAGGACACUGUGCGCUCCCUGAGGGCUGAAGUCCAAGCAGAGCUGGACAGUGGUUUGAAAGAGCUGGAGUUGCAGCCUGUGACCACUUCCGACAUGGACAAUGACGAGGAGCACCACACAUCAGCUACACUGAAUAUGGGGAAAGCGGCCUACAGCACCAGAGAUGAGCAGUGGCGAGGAGAAGUGCUGAGAGAGAAGCUGAGGCAACAUGAAGAUAAUCUGAAGGCGCAGCUGCGCAGGUGCAUGUUCUCUCAGCAGGAGGCACUGAGUCUGCGCAGGCAGCAGACAGAGGGAAGCAUCCAGGGCCUGCGCAGACGAGUAGACAAGUUGGACCAGCUACUGACCAAGUCUGGCCAUGAUUUCCCUUACCUGAGUGACUGCAACGUCCUUCCCAAAUAUGUGUGUAAGUGAAAACUGGAGAUACAGAGUCUUCCCUAAUCCAGGCACUUUCUGUUCUGCUGAUAAAAAGUGAAAAGAAAUGAUGUUGUCUGUUUUGCUUGUCAGCUUAAAGGCCAUUAUUAAGGCUAUUUAUAACACUCAGAAUGGGUAAUGAUGAAAAAGUAAGUGUAAGAUUUAAUGCUUUGAGUACAUGAGGAGGGUAAAUCUGAAGGUGCAAAUAUUCUGGAUUUAUUUAGGUUUACUACCUCAGGGCCAAAAAGAGUCAUCGUUCCAUUUUGCUUUAGACAGAUUGUUUGAGUGUGAGGUUUAUAUGAUUUUUUUUAAAGAAUAUUUUUAACAUUUUUUGAUAACGUUUUUGGUAAAAUAAAAUAACGUGCCUCAAUUCUGUGGUAUGUGCGAGCGGUUUGAAUCUGUAAUGUACAUUCAGUUCAUCUUGGGUAUUGAACCAUGACUGGAGGUUUAAAGCCUUUUUACUAUUUUGUACAUACCUAUGACAAAGUCCACUCCUUUUACCACAAAAUAAAAUAUUUAUUACAGCACUUAAAAUUUUAUAUACAUCAUUGUUAUUAAAUAUGACAAUUGUGUGCAAUAAAAUAUUAUUUUUGUUAUUUAA